AUGACCUUCUCUGCAACCACCGUCCAAAGCUUAAAGGACAUCCUCGCCGCCGCCGUCAAUGUCCAAGACGGCGGCGUCCCGGGCAUCACCGCCGUCGUCUUCGACAAGACCGGCCGCGAGCUCCUCGUCCACUCCGCCGGCACACUCGGCGCGUCCUCGGCCGCGCCCCUGACGCCCGCGCACGUCUUCUGGAUGGCGUCGUGCACCAAGGUCGUGACCGUCGUGGGCGUCAUGCAGCUCGUCGAGGCCGCCCGCCUGUCGCUCGAUGACGCCGCGCAGCUCGAGGCCCUGUGCCCCGAGCUGCGCGACGUCCAGGUCCUGCGCGACGACGGCGCCUUGGAGCCCAAGCGGCGCGGCAUCACGCUGCGCAUGCUCCUGACGCAUACCUCGGGGUGCGGCUACUCCAUCUUUAGCGAGAAGCUGCGCGACCAUGGCUAUCCCGCCGGCUUCGACGAGUUUUCGGGUCGGGUGCAGGAUCUCAAGACGCCGCUCAUCGCUCAUCCCGGAGAGAGUUGGCAGUAUGGGACUAGCAUUGACUGGGCUGGCAUCGCCCUGGAGCGUCUCACCGGCGUAACCCUGAACGAGUAUAUACAGACAAACAUUUGCAAGCCACUAGGCUUGGACAGCGUCAACAUGAUUCCGACGGCCGAGAUGAAGGCCAACCUUGCUCACAUGAGUUUCCGCGACCCUACCGGCAAGAUUCGCCCCGGCAACCACUUUUACCGCCAGCCCCUCGUAGUGUCGACGCCCGAGGAGGAAGCCAACCUCUUCCACAGUGGCGGCGCCGGCCUAUUCGCCAAGCCGCAAGAAUACUGCCGCAUCCUUGCCGUGCUGCUCAACGACGGGACAUGCCCCACGACCAACGUCACGCUCCUGUCCGCCCGCACUGUCGCCGACAUCUUCUCCAACCACAUUCCCCAGUUCCCAGACUUUGCCCAGCAGAGCCUCCCCGCGGCCCGGCCGGAGCUCACCAACCCGCUGCCGUACCUGUACCCGGCCGUGCCCAGCGCGCCGCAGGGGUGGGGGCUCGCCUGCAUGCUCAACGGGGGGGUGACGGGCCGCUCCGAGAGCACGGGCUGGUGGGCCGGCCUGGCGAAUUUGUUCUGGUGGGUGGAUCGGGAGCGCGGAGUCGGUGGUUUGGUCUGCGCGCAGGUGCUCCCGUUUGCGGACGCCAAGGUCAUGGGUGCGUGGUUCGCCCUGGAGACGGCGGUGUAUGCGGCGCUGGAAGAGAGCAAAUAA